GUCCUCAGCUGCCAGCAUCUGAUUAAAACCAUAUCUCUCGCUGUGAGUGGCUAACUAAUCUGAAGGCGAGAGUACAGCUGAAUAUUUAACCGGGCCCCCGCUCCCAGCCACCUUCUCGUCUGCAGCCCUCAGAUCAUGCACGGAGCAGCACGAAUCUAGCCGUUUCACAGAUUCUCUUGUUCCAGAGAGGUGAUUCUGAAAGACAUUGAGUUCUCCAAAGCAAGCAUAGCUGACCACCAUCUCAUCAUGUCUACUGAAGCUGAAACUACUAAUAUCAACAGCCAGCCUGAGCAACAGGCUCCACCAAAGACACAACCUUCAAAGAAGGAAAAAAAGAAAGGGCCAGAAAAGACAGAUGAAUCUCUCUUGGCUAGAUUCAAAGGUGAUGGUGUAAGAUACAAAGCUAAACUAAUUGGCAUUGAUGAUGUCCCAGAGGCAAGAGGAGACAAAAUGAGUCAGGAUGCAAUGAUGAAGCUGAAGGGAAUGGCAGUGGCAGCCCGUUCCCAGGGUCAACACAAACAGAAGAUCUGGAUGAACAUCUCACUCUCUGGUAUCAAGAUAAUAGAUGAGAAAACUGGGGUCAUAGAACAUGAGCAUCCAGUAAACAAAAUCUCCUUUAUUGCUCGUGAUGUAACAGACAACCGUGCCUUUGGCUAUAUAUGUGGAGAAGAAGGACAGCACCAAUUUUUUGCCAUAAAAACAGCACAACAGGCUGAGCCUCUGGUUGUUGAUCUUAAGGACCUUUUCCAACUAAUAUACGAUAUGAAGAAGAGGGAAGAAAACAAAAAGAGUGAAGAAGCAAGUAAGACUGAGGGAGUCUACCAGAUGGACUUGUUUGGGGAUAUGUCAACACCUCCUGAUAUGAGCAGUCCCACAGAAACUAAUGAGAUUCUGUUAGUGGAUCUAAAUUCUGAAAUUGAGACCAAACAGACUUUUACAAAAGAGGAUCUCUUCUUGAAUGACGUCACAACUACUCUUCCACAACCAAAGCCACAGCCACACUUCUUGCCUGAGAGUUCUUUCUCUACCAGUCUCAGUUUCUUUCCCACACCUAAUCCAGAUCCUUUCAGUGAUGAUCCUUUCACAAAGCCAGACCAAUUUGCACCACUUUCGUUUGAUUCUAUAAAAUCUGCUGAUCAGAAGAAGGAAAGUGCGAGUACCUUGGCACCAGAGGAUAAUGGGGCUUCAAAUGGGGAUACUGACUACUUUGGCAAAGAGUUUGACCAGAUUUCUAAUAGAACUGGCAAACAAGAAGCAGUAGCAAGCCAGUGGCCACCUGAAUGUAAGUUGCCUGCAGGAAGAACUCCAAAUGGGGUACCAGAGAGAGAACAGAAUGGCUUUCUUAAACUCCCACCAAACCUGUUUGUGGAAGGUCCUUCCAAAGGAGUAUCUCUGCAGAAUGUAGUAAUGCUGGAUUCUGAAAGCAAUAUCCAGCUCGCGUCCUAUGACUCUAUAACAAUUAGCCCACCACCACAAAGUACCAAGCCAGGAAGAGGAAGGAGGUCUGUCAAGACUGCAUCGAGUGACUUAUUUAGCUCAGACCUGUUUGAGCUACCCACAAAGAGCCUUGGCUUGACUUCAGUUGGACAAAGAGGACCUGUGCAAAUUUCUCCAUUGGACCACUUCAAAUAUAUAUCAAAACCUCCACUGGUUCAACUAGGUGGCUUGCCAGUAAGUCCAUCACCAUGGAGUACACAGACACCUACCUUCACUCAGGCACCAUCAGUCUUCUCUGGGUCUGUGAUGCCAGGUCAGCCUACAGGAUUUACUCAAUCACUUGCCUUUGGUACUCAAGUGAUGCCAAGCUGGAAUCAGUCUGCAUCUUUUGGUCCAGCAACUCCUCAGACCUCUAGUCUCUGGUCACAGCCAGCACAAGUUGCCUCUAGUUCAUGGGCACAGCCAUCCAGUGCUGCAAAUCCCUUCCAGAAUAGUGUGUUCCCAUCUUCAACACUGCCUGAUCAAACAUCAUCUGUACUGCCCUCCAUGUCAACAACAACUAGCUUGCCACAGCCUCCACCCAGAACUACAUUGCAGAAGGAGCCAUCCAAGAAAGAGAGAGAUGCUUUUAUUGCUCUGGAUCCACUUGGAGAUAAAGAAAUGAAGGAUGUCAAGGAAAUGUUCAAAGACUUCCAGCUGACAAAGCCACCUGCAGUACCAGCAAGGAGAGGAGAGCAGCAAAGCCACUCAGAACCACCAAAGCCUGUUCUCCAACAAAGUGUGCUGUCGGCUGAUGGCCUUUUUGAAGGUCAAGCUACAACAGACCUCUUCAGUGCCUCAUCUGAGUCUCAGAAGCUUCCUUCUGGUACUUCUGGUGAACCUUUGGGCAACCUAUUUGCAUAGAUUAGGCAUAACCAGAAAAGGACAAAUGGAAUAACUGGACCUCUUCUCACCAUGAUUUUUCUAUAUGUUUCAAUUUGCUGUCUGCCACUUUUGCUGCUGUCUCGUCAUGUCUGUGAUCUAGAACAUGUCCAGGUGGAUGGAAAUGCAAACCCUCAAAGAACAUGCUGUGAAGAUGAUAAUUCAGGGAAAAGCAAAUAAAGAGCUGGACUCAUGCUGGAGACCCAAAUACAAAUUGACAGAUGUUAACUUUACUUUCGUUCUUAGCAAUCUUCCACAGAAGAGCUUAAGGCACAUAUAUUGGAAAGAUGAUCACCACAGCUUCUCUUUCUGUAGCACUUACUAUCCUAAAAUACAGGGACUGAAUUUACCUGGGGAAGAAGUGUUGCCUGUACACAAGAGAAUGGAAUUAGUAGCUAAAACUCUACUUCUUAAACAACUAGGUCAGUUGCCUGUUAUCACAAUGGCAACCAGUUGUAAGGCUAAGUGGAUGAUACUACUCAGUUCUAAUUGGUGACCAGAUAUGUGACUUGGUCUCUGAGUUAUAAAUAUCUAAACUGUAUGGUAAAGUGAAAAAAAAAUCCAAUCUUUUGUCUAUUGAACUAAUGGUAAAAGUAACAUUCUGCCAUAAAUAUGUAAUAAAAGGACUAAUUGUUGUGUCUGUAACAGAACUUCUGGAGUCCUGAGUACUAGAAGGCUGCACUGUAGGGUCAGAUAAGCUGAAACAUUUCUUGUAGAACACUGAGGUAGUCACAGACACUAACUGUUGUUUUGGUGCUAAUAAGGCUUUUUUUUUUUCAGGGAGGGAAAUCUCCUAGGUCUACACUUCUGUUAAGAUGGCAGACAAAUGGAACAAGCAGAUAGGCUUCUUGCAUAUAUCUCAGUGAAUGUCCCUGAUGUUGCUCAGUUUGAGCUGCCACACAGUGUAGUGUGGCAUAUUUCCAGUGUGUUAGAAAGCAAAAAGACAAUCAUGGCUUCACUCCAUGCUUAAGAUUCCUUGUGAAUAGAUGCACCACCUCUGUGCCAUUAAUGUGAGGUAAUCCUCCAUCUCUUGGAAACUGCGCCUUUUCUAAAGAACCUCUUUAUUAACAGAUCUUUAAAUAAGUUGGUUAUAACUGAUGCUAACAACUAUAUUCUUGGCCAGUGCUGAUGGCUGAUGGCAGAGGUUUUUUUCUGUUAAUACUAAGUAUAAGCUUGAAAUAGUAUUGUUAAAUCAAAUGUCUAAGUAGUUGCUAACCUGGAGAGCUAAGAAAGUCAACUUGAAUAUAGCCUUAGUACCCAGUUUGGCCAGUCAUGCAAAUAGUUCUGUAUAUAAACUUCUCUUGCACUUUCUGUAAUGCAAAAAAGGCUAUGAAUAUAAGUAUUUGUCUCAAACUGGAAAUGUAGAAACUCGUGGAUGUUACACUGUUAUAUAAAACUGUAGUAUCUCAAGUGAUGUUACCUAAUGACAUUAAAUAGAAGCAACUAUUCAUGCCAAAUGAA